AAAGCAGUGUAUGAUAUACUAUAUCUAUAGACGAUAAUAACUAUAACUAUAACAAACAGGCCAUUAAGCUAGUGAAGAGAAUAUAUGCACAUCAAUGGCUGAGCUUGAGAAUUCUGAUCAGAUCAUGCCCAAAGUCAUAGCCUUCCUCUCUUCUCUUCUUCAGAGAGUGUCGGAGUCAAACGAUCUCAACCGUCCGUUAGAGACACAGACGAUCUCUGUGUUUCAUGGGUUGACUAGACCUACCAUCUCCAUACAAAGCUACCUUGAGAGGAUCUUCAAGUACGCACAUUGUAGCCCGUCGUGUUUCAUCGUCGCCUACGUUUACCUGGACCGGUUUGUUCAGAGGCAGCCAUUGUUGCCGAUCAAUUCCUUCAAUGUGCAUCGGUUGCUUAUCACCAGUGUCUUAAUUUCUGCAAAGUUCAUGGAUGAUAUGUACUACAACAAUGCAUACUAUGCAAAAGUAGGAGGAAUCAGCACAAAAGAGAUGAACCUCCUUGAAGUGGAGUUGUUAUUUGGACUGGGGUUCCACUUAAAUGUGACACCAACCACCUUCCACACCUACUCUUCAUUUCUCCAAACACACAUCUUUCUUCGAUCUCCUCCUCUGCAAUUACUAGUAUCAUCAUCAUCAUCAUCUGCUGUGGAUAUAAUAGGGAGAACACAAAAACUCCAUUGUUGCUUCAAUGAAGAAGACGACUCCCAUCAAAAACAAUUGGCUGUCUAGGACUAGGAGGACAUUAUCAACAUUCACCCAUAACCUUUGUCUCCUAAACCUCCAAUACAUGCUUAACCCUCAUUACCAUAUUAUAUUAUGUGUGUAUUUACUUCCUUUCUCACUUUUGUCAGUGAAUUAUCGAAAAAAAAAAAAAAUUUGGGGGACCAUUUUUACCCUCUGUGUUUUCAAUUGUCAGAUUAAUUUUUCUUGGUUAUACAAUCUAGGAAAUGGUUAAACUUUGGAUUGCUUAACAAGAUUAUUAUUAGUCUUGGAUUUGAGUUCUCCAAUUUUGUAUAAAGGUUAAAAAUGGGAAAAGACAAUUAACCCACUUAUGUUAUUGCAAAAUAUAAAGCUAAUGUUUGAUUUUUA